UGUUUUGAUGAAUGAAGAUCAUCAAUGGGAAGGGCGCCAGCAGGUUGUUGCGAUAAAAAAGGGGUGAAGAAGGGGCCAUGGACUCCAGAUGAAGAUAUCAUUUUGGUUUCAUACAUCCAACAGAAUGGCCCUGCCAACUGGAGACUUGUUCCUACCUAUACUGGGUUGCAGAGGUGCAGCAAAAGCUGCAGGCUGAGAUGGACAAACUAUCUGCGCCCAGGGAUAAAGCGCGGCAACUUUACGGAUCAAGAAGAGAAGAUGAUCUUUCAUCUCCAAGCUCUUCUUGGCAAUAGGCACCUCCUCGGCGGUACACUUUUGGACGUUGCUAAAACUGUGUCGGCCUCUCGCAUCAAACCAUUGAGUGAACCAAGGCACCUUGCAUUAAAUAUCGACAAGUAUGCAUAAAAAAAGAAUGGCUUAUCCGAAAAUGAUUACUAAAAUCCUCUGAUGUGUGAAUACACGAAGUAUUGAAGUAGUCAUUGAGUAGUCCUUCGUGUGCAGCCGCCAGAUCACGGUUUAAACGCUCAUGUCGAGGUGGGUGCUAGAACGGUUCUGCUUCCUCUUGUGCUUGUUGCCAUCAUUGAUACCAGUCCGUCGCAAAAUAAUGAAAAAUGAGCGCUCUUAUUUCAUCGUCAGAUGAAGAUAAUCCCAUUUUUUGGGUGUUUUGUAAAGAAAUUUAAAAGAAAUAG